AUGACCGCCCUCCUAAAAGAGUAUGGUAAAAAUCCAGAUUCAAGAGAGGAGAGUGAUGCUGUUGGUGUUCGUGAUGCUGCUGCUGAUGAUGAUGUUGAUCAUGCUAAUGAUGAUGGAGAUGAAGAAGAUGGUGAUGAUGAUGCUGCUGCUGCUGCUGAUGAUGAUGAUGAUGAUGAUGCGGAGAAGAUGAUGCUGCUCCUGUUGCAGCCGGUGAUAAUGAUGCUCCUGCAUGCUUCUGCCACUGAUGAUGAUAUUGAUAAAGAUGUUGAUCGUGGUGAUGAUAACGAAGUAUUACAAGACGUUCUUGGUCAUUGCGAGAUUGAUGCGGGGUGGAUGAUGGAGCCCUGUCGUGGCAGUAGUGGUAUCCAGGCGGGGGUAAAUGAUACCUCGCUGCACGUAUUUGGUGACGCAUCGGUAGCACAGUCUGUUCUGAGUAGCGAGGCUAAUGGCGGCUUUCUCUCAAUCAAUUGGGGAUGGGGUGUCGCCGUCACACUCGCCGUUUAUUUCGCAUCUGGUGUAUCAGGUGCCCACAUCAACCCAGCAGUGACCUUGGCCUUUGCCUGCUUGGGACGGUUUCCUUGGAAGAAGGUCCCGUUUUACAUCUUAGCGCAGAUGGUCGGUGCCUUUGUCGCAGCUGCCUGCGUAUUCGGAGUGUAUUCAGAUGCUAUCAAUGCCUUUGACGGAGGAACUCGAGCAGUACUCGGCGAAAACGGGACAGCUGGUAUUUUUGCAACCUACCCGAAGGACUUCCUCUCAAUCUGGAGUGGACUUGGCGAUCAGAUAUUAGGCACUGCUCUUUUGAUGUCCUGCAUAUUGGCUAUCACGGACAAGAGAAACAACUCGCCUCCUAACGGGAUGGAACCCCUUCUCAUUGGUCUCGUUGUAUUCAACAUUGGUAUUUGCUUCGGGUUCAACUGCGGCUACGCCAUCAACCCAGCCAGGGACCUGGGUCCCAGGUUAUUCACCGCCUGCGCAGGUUAUGGCCAAGAUGUAUGGACUCCCAAUGGUAUGCAUUGGUGGUGGGUGCCGAUAGUAGGACCUUGUGUGGGUGCCAUCUUGGGUGGAUACCUCUACGUGUUCACUGUCGAGCUUCAUCACGACACAGAAACAGCAUCGGCGAGAGACGAAGAUGGAGGAGGAGACUACCGAAUGGCUGAUCUAACGGGAAAGGGCGAAGAUAACCCAGCUGUUCAGAACCACGGCGAAGCAUGAGUGAACGGAUAAAAGGAACAGCUCCAUCUCUCGUCAAUACCGCGUUCAACACGAUGUGAUAUCAAACUUCUGAAGCUGCAACUAUCUGUGGAUACUGCCUGUGUGACCGAGGCGACAUCAUAGAGUUAAAUACUGUAUAUGGGCGACAUCCUUGGAGUAUAAAUGAUUGCCUCAGAUGUGCAGCAUUUUUUCAAUCAGAAAUGGGGUAUCAAUAUGUUGGUUUGUUGUCUGUUCUUUAUGUUAACGUUUCUUUUUUUUCUCACAUACAUGUAACUAUUAAAAAUAACUUCUCACUGACUUUCUUCUCUUUCGUUUCUCUCCCUUUCUUUCUCUUCCCCCCUCUCCCUCCCCUCCUCUUUCAUACUUUCUAGUAACUUGAUAAGAACAUACGCCCAUCUUGUCACGCAAAUCAAGAAAAGCGGAAUCUUGAUAAUUAUAUGAUUAAAGGGAAAGGACAUUUUUAUCGUACUGUGCUGCAAUCUCAGGAUUUUGAUAUCUGGUAGGUGUUUCAUAAAGCUGUUCGUAAGUUAAGAACGACCGGUGAUCCUUUCUCACGCGCUAAAACAUUGUCAAUGGUGCAUACCAUUUACCAAAAGAAAGGAUCACCAGUCGUUUUUAAAGUUGCUCUUAUCUUACGAACAGCUUUAUGAAACACCCACCUGGAUUAUAUUAUAAUGGAGAUCUUAUAACUUCUUUCACGAUAUUAGAAUUAUGCGGAAAACAUGGUAUUGUUGUUGAUGUAGAGAGAAUAUAAACAGAUUCUGUUUUAUUAUUUCAUUUUGUCUAUUAUAUUCUUUUCAUCAUGGAACAAUAUUUGAAUAAUUAUUUAUUCAUGAUUUGCUUUGUUUCCAGUCCUAAACAAUGUAAAUUUACACUUUCAGAGGAAAAUGGUUUGUCACAUCACCUUUAGCAAUGCCCCACUGGGUAAAACUUUUACAGGGACUCACUGGCAAAUAGACGGUGAGGGAGGGGGUGACCAAGGACAAUCGGGAGAGGAGAAAGGGAAAUGGAAAGGGAUGAAAUAUGAUGGCAUUUUUUUUUUAAAGAUUGCCCUGUACCCCACAUUUUUCCCCUUCAGAAUGGUUGGUUCCCUGUGCAAUGGACUUGGUAAAUUUAGCAUUGUUCUGGUCUGAAAUAUACAAAGUUGGACCUUUGUAACGGUGCUCCCGGUGUGGUACUGUGUUGCACCAUUCACGGUGCAAAACUGAACCUCUGUUUCUGUGAGUCUAGAGGGUCGGUUGCAAGAAACUUGCAAUUAGCUGCCAGUCAAUACUGUAGGUCCCAAAUUCAGUCUUGCACUUUAUUCAUUGCGAACUGGAGAUUGGUUGCGAGGCCGGAGCGUUUCAUGAAAUGACUAGUCGGACGUGUUAUCUGACAGUAACAUAUGCCUGGGCCCCGUUGCAUAAAAGUUACCAUUACGGUAACUUUGCCAUGCAAUGGUAACUUGCAUGGAAUCCUUGAUUUUGAUUGGCUGUUGAUCAGCAUUACCAUGGUAGUUACCAUAAUAGUAACUUUUAUGCAACGGGGGCCAGUGCUUCUUAGCCAAUCAAAAUCAUGGAAAAGUUCAAUAUGACUUGUCAGACGACCAAAAAAAAAACACGUUUGAUGGAGCGCUCUCCUGUUCUGCACCUCGUGUAAAAAAUGAUUUACAAUACAUGUAAUUAAACUUGAUCUAUCCGAAUUCACUUACUAAUUUGCAAUUAAAAUUUACUCGUGAUUGAAAUCAUUGCAACGUUUUUUGCGAUGCCCCUUUAUUAUUUUUUUUUCAAUACGCUGUAUUAAAGAAAAAUUACAGCUAUAAAUACAACAUCAGUUGGUGUUUGAAGAGGACCACAUCUCUUGCGUUAAAAUACAACUUGGUGUUCAACUAACAAGAUGAAUAUUAUCACUGGUGUAAAAUGCUUGGUGUCCUCUGUAAACGCAGAUUGUGAUCACAGUGUAGUAUUAACACCAGUAUUUUGCAGUGUAUGUACUUAAAGAAAAAUUAUUGUUGGUGCUUCACUUGAUCGUAUUUUUAUAUUUAUUAUUAUGAAUUUUGUUGUUUUGUUUGAUUUCAGAGAAAACGCUUUAGUUAAGAUUCUUUUUCUAUGCCGUGUUCUCGUUGUAAUAAAUCAUUAUUUGCAUCUUGUAUUCAACAUGGGUUUAUUGUAAGUAGAACAAAGUGACAUUUAUAGAUAGAAAAAGAUAUACCUUGUUAGAAAUUACAUUGGAUAAGGAACUACUUUCAUUGGGGCAGAAUUCUACAUUAUAUUUUCGUCAUUGUGGCACUGCUGCUAUUUCUGAUUUAUCGUCAAUUCUCAAAUCCAUUCUUAACUAUGUUCCGCUUACCAUUCUGUGCAAAUUGUAUUGUAUGAUAAAAGUCAAUUGCAGAUAUAAAAUGGUCUGCUGAAAGCACAAGAAUACAUGUUUGAUAACCUACAAACCUUGCACUAAAAUAAUAAAGAGUGUUUUCAAUAAUCGUUCGGCUACAACACUUUUCCCUAUGCCCAGAGCAGCUAUUGAUGGAUCUUGUUUAUAUCAUCGAUGUAGCGCCAUCUCAUGUCAGAUGCACCACUUUUUGCUGUCCUGGGAAAUUAUUUCCCCUGCACCACGUAUUUCUCAGUCUCCUCAUUUAGUACAAUAGAGUGUUCACCCUGAUGUCAAGUAGUAAAGCUUAAGAAGUAAAGCUUAAGUAGUAACCCUUAAGUAGUAGAUCUGAAGUAGUAUAUCUGAAGUAGUAAAGAUUAAGUAGUAACCCUUAAGUAGUAAACCUUAAGUAGUAAACCUUAUGUAAUAAACAUUAAGUAGUAAACCUGAAGUAGUAAACCGUAAGUAGUAAACCUUAAGUAGUAAACCUUAUGUAAUAAACCUGAAGUAGUAAACCUGAAGUAGUACACCGUAAGUAGUAAACCAUAAGUAGUGAACCUUAAGUAGUAAAUCUGAAGUAGUAAAUCUGAGAAAAUCAAACCAAAAUAUCCGCAGCAAAAAAAAUGGUUGUUAAAAUACAUGGUACAAACUGCGUUUCGUAUCUCGCCUAAUCGAGUUCACACAUUGAAAACAUCUACUACCAAUAUAUUAAUAUUAGAUAGAUAAGUAUCAUCAUCUUUUUCGGGAUAUGCUAUUCUUUGAUCUUUUUUUUGAACUAUUAUAGAGAUGAUGUAUUGUAAAUAAUAAUAAACACUUUUUCACAGAGAUUUAUUAUGUAAAAUAUUUUACAAUCACCUAGUAUAUAAAAGUUUCUUUUGCACUUUUUUUUAAUCACUUGAACUUAGUCAUGUUAGUAUUGUGUCGGGUGUAUUCAGAUUGUAGGCAUGUUUUGUCUUUAUUGAAUGUCCUUCUAUAUUCGAUAUACUAUAGACCAAUAAAUAUCUUCAUGGAAAUAUUUA